AUGAAAUUUCUAAGCCUAAUUUGUUUUGCCAUAUUAUUGGUAUUUGUGACGGCAGAAGAUCCAGCGCCAACUGCACCAGCACCAACUGGUACGGCAGAUCCAACGCCUGCAACUGGAGCAACCCCAGCUGAUCCUUCUCCAGCCAAUCCAACCCCCGAAGGAUCAUCUCCAACACCAGCUAAUCCAACUCCCGAAGGAUCAUCUCCAACACCAGCUAAUCCAACUCCUUCUCCUGCCCCUUCGCCUGGUGGUGGCACAGCCACUACUAAGAAACCUACAGCCACUACUAAGAAACCUACAGCCACUACUAAGAAACCUGUAGCUAACAAGAAACCCAACAAAAAUAAGAAGCCAGGAAAUAAAAACCCCAAUAAGAAACCAGCCAAGAAAAAUAAUAAAAAAGGCAACAAGAAACAAAAGAACAAGAAGCAGAAGAAUAAGAGGCCUGCCAAGAAAGGAAAUAAGAAAGGCAAGGGUAAAAAUAAGAAACAGAAUCAAAACAAGAAGAAGAAGAAUGCUAAGAAACAGGCCAACAAAAGAGGUUAA